AUGGGGCUGUUUGGAAAAACCCAGGAGAAGCCGCCCAAAGAGCUGGUCAAUGAAUGGUCAUUGAAGAUAAGAAAGGAAAUGAGAGUUGUUGACAGGCAAAUAAGAGAUAUCCAAAGAGAAGAAGAAAAAGUGAAACGAUCUGUGAAAGAUGCUGCCAAGAAGGGUCAGAAGGAUGUCUGUGUGGUUCUGGCCAAGGAGAUGAUCAGGUCAAGGAAGGCUGUGAGCAAGCUCUACGCAUCCAAAGCACACAUGAACUCAGUGCUCAUGGGGAUGAAGAACCAGCUGGCGGUUUUGCGAGUGGCUGGUUCCCUGCAGAAGAGUACAGAAGUGAUGAAGGCCAUGCAGAGUCUUGUGAAGAUCCCGGAAAUCCAGGCCACCAUGCGGGAGCUGUCCAAAGAGAUGAUGAAGGCUGGGAUCAUAGAAGAGAUGUUAGAGGACACUUUUGAAAGCAUGGAUGAUCAAGAAGAAAUGGAAGAAGCAGCAGAAAUGGAAAUUGACAGAAUUCUGUUUGAGAUCACCGCAGGGGCCUUAGGCAAAGCACCUAGUAAGGUGAUGGACGCCCUCCCAGAGCCUGAACCUGUAGGAGCGAUGGCUGCAUCAGAAGACGAGGAGGAGGAGGAAGAGGCCCUGGAGGCCAUGCAGUCCCGUCUGGCCACACUUCGCAGCUAG